AGAGUAGCAGCAGAACCUGAACACACAGGCAGACAGCCAGGAGGAGAACUUAACAACAUAUCUACUCAGACAUACGUGAAGAUGUCUAAGAAAUCAGAAAAUGACGACAGCAGCAAGUUCCUGUUCCUCGACAACGACUUUAAAAACACCGGAGUGGCCCAGGCGGACUGGUCAGCUAAGAAGAUGGUGUGGGUUCCUUCUGAGAAGGAUGGAUUCCAGUCAGCCAGCAUUAAGGAGGAGAAAGGGGACGAGGUGGUGGUGGAGCUGGACAAUGGCUCCAAGAUAACGGUCCACAAAGACAACAUCCAGAAGAUGAACCCACCCAAGUUCAGCAAGGCCGAGGACAUGGCGGCGCUGACCUGCCUGAACGAGGCCUCAGUGCUGCACAACCUGAGAGAGAGAUACUUCUCUGGACUCAUUUAUACAUAUUCAGGUCUGUUCUGUGUGGUGGUGAACCCCUACAAAAUGCUGCCCAUCUACUCUGAGAAGAUCAUUGAGAUGUAUAAGGGCAAGAAACGCCAUGAAGUCCCUCCCCACAUCUACUCCGUCACCGACAACGCCUAUAGGAACAUGAUGCAGGAGCGUGAGGACCAGUCCAUUCUCUGCACGGGGGAGUCCGGAGCUGGAAAGACUGAAAACACCAAGAAGGUCAUUCAGUACCUGGCUGUUGUUGCUUCAUCACACAAGGGAAAGAAAGACACCGGCUCGGAUCCAGCUUCAGCCCUCAAUAAGGGGGAGCUAGAGAAACAGCUUCUGCAGGCAAACCCCAUCCUGGAGGCCUUUGGAAAUGCCAAAACCAUCAAAAAUGACAAUUCCUCAAGAUUCGGCAAAUUCAUCAAGAUCAACUUUGACCUGGCCGGCUACAUCGUUGGAGCUAAUAUUGAAACCUACCUGCUGGAGAAGUCCAGGUGUAUCCGACAGGCCAAGAUCGAGAGGUCCUUCCACAUCUUCUACUACAUGGUGGCUGGAGCCAAAGACAAAAUGAAAGACGAGCUUCUUCUGGAGGGGUUUGGAGGAUACAGGUUCCUGGUGGCAGGACAUGUGCAGGUUCAGGGUCAGCAGGAUGAUGAGAUGUUUGAUGAAACUCUGGAAGCCAUGGAGGUGCUGGGCUUCAAUGAGGAAGAGAGACUUGGAAUGAUGAAAGUGUGCUCCACUGUGCUACAGCUGGGUAACAUUGAAUUUAAAAAGGAGAAGAACCAGGAGCAGGCCAGCAUGCCUGAUACCACAGCUGCACAGAAAGUGUGCCAUCUGCAGGGAAUCAACAUAACCGACUUCACCAAGGCCAUCCUCACACCUCGCAUCAAAGUGGGCAGAGAGAUGGUGCAGAAAGCUCAGACCAAAGAGCAGGCUGAUUUCGCAGUGGAGGCUCUUGCCAAAGCCAUGUAUGACCGGCUGUUCCGAUGGAUCCUGGCACGCGUGAACAAGGCACUGGACAAAUCCAAGCGUCAAGGAGCUUCAUUUAUAGGCAUCUUGGACAUCGCCGGCUUUGAGAUUUUUGAAGAUAACUCGUUUGAGCAGCUGUGCAUCAACUACACCAACGAGAAGCUGCAGCAGCUUUUCAACCACACCAUGUUCAUCCUGGAGCAGGAGGAGUAUAAGAGAGAGGGAAUCGAGUGGAACUUCAUUGAUUUCGGUCUAGACCUGCAGCCUUGUAUCGAGCUCAUUGAGAGACCAAAUAAUCCUCCUGGUAUCCUGGCUCUGCUGGAUGAGGAGUGUUGGUUCCCAAAAGCCACUGACGUCUCCUUUGUGGAUAAACUCACCAACACACACUCCAGUCACUGCAAGUUCUCUAAGCCCAAGAACCUUAAAGAAAAGACGUUUUUCUCUGUACAGCACUACGCUGGAAAGGUGGAUUAUAAUGCUAGUGCUUGGUUGACCAAGAACAUGGACCCACUGAAUGAUAACGUCACUGCGCUGCUGAAUAACUCCACCAGUCCCUUCGUGCAGGAUCUAUGGAAAGAUGCGGAACGUGUGGUAGGGCUGGAGACCAUGGCUAAGAUGGCUAAGUCAGACACCUCGAUGCCCAGCUCCACCAAGUCCAAGAAAGGCAUGUUCCGCACGGUGGGGCAGCUCUACAAAGAGUCUCUGGGCAAACUGAUGACCACUCUCCACAACACCCAGCCCAACUUCGUCCGCUGCAUCAUCCCUAACCAUGAGAAAAGAGCAGGAAAGCUGGAUGCUAGUCUUGUUCUGGAGCAGCUGCGCUGUAACGGAGUGUUGGAAGGAAUCCGGAUCUGUCGGCAGGGAUUCCCCAACCGCAUUGUCUUCCAUGAGUUCCGCCAGAGAUAUGAGAUUCUGGCUGCUAGUGCAAUUCCCAAAGGUUUCAUGGAUGGCAAACAAGCCUGCACCCUCAUGAUUAAACAUCUGGAUCUGGACCCCAACCUGUACCGGAUUGGUCAGAGUAAGAUGUUUUUCCGCACAGGUGUUUUAGCUCAGCUGGAGGAAGAGCGGGAUCUGAAACUGACCGUCAUCAUCAUCGCUUUUCAGGCACAGGGCCGUGGCUUUCUGGCCAGAAAAGCCUUCAGCAAGAGGCAGCAGCAGCUCACAGCCAUGAAGGUCAUCCAGAGGAACUGCGCCGCCUACCUGAAACUGAAGAACUGGCAGUGGUGGAGGCUUUUCACUAAAGUCAAACCACUGCUGCAAGUGACCCGUCAGGAAGAAGAGAUGAGCCACAAGGAGGAGGAGCUUCAGAAGGCAAAAGAAGUGGCCCAGAAAGCCGAGACAGACCUGAAGGAGAUCACACAGAAACAUUCGCAGCUGGUGGAGGAGAGGAACGCACUGCAGGAGAAGCUGCAGACGGAGGCAGAGCUUUAUGCCGAGGCUGAGGAGAUGAGGAUCCGGCUGGAGGCCAAAAAGCAGGAACUGGAGGAGGUUCUGCAUGACAUGGAGGCUCGGCUAGAGGAGGAAGAGGAGCGUGGCCAGGCUCUACAGGAGGAGAAGAAGAACAUGCAGAAGCAGCUACAGGACAUGGAGGCGCGUUUAGCAGAGCAUGAAGACAGCAGACAUAAGCUGACGCAGGAGAAAGCAGCUACUGACGGGAAGAUAAAAAAAAUGGAGGAUGAAUUCCUCAUCAUGGAGGAUCAAAACAACAAGCUGCAUAAGGAGAAGCAGAUGCUGGAGGAGCGUCUGGCUGAUCUGAGCUCCAACCUCGCAGAGGAAGAGGAAAAGUCGAAGAACCUCACCAAGCUGAAGGCUAAACACGAGUCCAUGAUUUCUGAGCUGGAAGUGCGUAUGAAGAAGGAGGAGAAGGGUCGUCAGGAUGUGGAGAAGGCGAAGCGUAAACUGGAGGCUGAGUUUAAUGACCUGCAGGAUCAGCUGGCUGCUCUACAGGCUGAAAUCGCCGAGCUAAAAGCACAACUGGCUGCUAGAGAGGAUGAACUGCAGGCCCUGUUAGCACGGCUGGAGCAGGAGUCUGCUCAGAAGAAUAAUGCCCUGAAGAAGAUUCGGGAGAUGGAGGGACUGAUCACCGAGCUGCAGGACGAUCUGGAUGCUGAACGAGACAUCAGAGCAAAGACUGAAAAAGCCAGACAUGAACUCGGGGUGGAGCUGGAGGCCCUGAGGACUGAACUAGAGGACUCGCUUGAUAUCACUGCAGCCCAGCAGGAGCUCAGGGCUAAAAGAGAACAGGAGGUGGCCAUGCUGAAGAAGUCGAUGGAGGACGCCGGCCGCAGCCACGAGGCUCAGGUGCAGGACCUCCGUCAGAAACACACUCAGGCUGUGGAGGAGCUCAGCGAACAGCUGGAGCAAUCCAAACGGGCUAAGGCCACUCUUGAGAAAGCCAAGCAGACUCUAGAGAAAGAAGCUGCAGCUCUGAAUGCAGAGCUCCACUCGCUUGCAAGCUCCAAACAGGAAGUGGAGCACAAGAGGAAAAAGGUGGAGUCCCAGCUUGCAGACGUUCAGGCUCGGUAUAAUGAUGGAGAGAGACAGAGAGCAGAGCUGGGAGACAAAGUCUCCAAACUCACUAUGGAGCUGGACAGUGUGACAGCUCUCCUGAAUGAGGCAGAGGGGAAGAACAUUAAACUGAGUAAAGAUGUAUCCACUCUGAACUCUCAGCUCCAUGAUGCUCAGGAGCUGCUGGCUGAAGAGACGCGUCAGAAGCUGAACGUGUCGACACGGCUGAGGCAGGUGGAUGAGGAGCGCAAUGGCCUGCUGGAGCAGCUGGAGGAGGAGAGCGAGGCCAGGAGGAAUGUGGAGAGACAUGUGUCUAGCCUCAACACACAGCUGACAGAUGCGAAGAAAAAACUGGACGAGUUCUCCAGCGGCAUGGAGCUGCUGGAGGAGAGUAAGAAGCGAGUACAGAGGGAGCUGGAGGCUGUGAACUCUGAGUUUGAGGAGAAGGCGUCGGCCUACGACAAGCUGGAGAAGAGUAAGAACCGCCUGCAGCAGGAGCUGGAGGACGUGCUAAUGGACCUGGACAACCAGAGACAGCUGGUGUCCAACCUGGAGAAGAAGCAGAGGAAAUUUGACCAGCUGCUGGCUGAGGAGAAGGCCAUCUCCAUCAAGUAUGCAGAAGAGCGUGACCGUGCUGAGGCAGAGGUGAGGGAGAAGGAGAGCAGGGGUCUGGCUCUGGCUCGAGCUCUAGAGGAGAUGCAGCUCUCCCGAGAGGAGCUGGAGAAGGUUAAUAAAGCUCUGCGCACAGAAAUGGAGGAUCUCAUCAGCUCCAAGGAUGACGUGGGCAAGAAUGUGCAUGAGCUGGAGAAGGCGAAGCGUCUGCUGGAGGCUCAUGUUCAGGAGAUGAGGACGCAGAUGGAGGAGUUGGAGGAUGAGCUGCAGUCAGCAGAAGAUGCUAAACUGCGUCUGGAGGUCAACACGCAGGCCCUGAAAGCCCAGUUUGAUCGAGAAUUGCAGGGCAGGGAUGAGCAGGGAGAGGAGAAGAGGAGACAGGUGCUGAAGCAGCUGCGUGAUAUGGAGGCUGAGCUGGAGGAUGAACGAAAGCAGAGGAAUUCUCUAGCAGCUUCCAAAAAGAAGCUGGAGGGCGACGUCAAGGACAUGGAGGACCAGAUUGAUGCUCUGAGCCGGAGCAGGGAUGAGGCCGUCAAACAACUGCGAAAGACUCAGGCUCAGAUGAAAGACUCUCAGAGGGAAUUGGAAGAUGCUCGCAAUGCCCACAAGGAGGCGCUCUCCAGCUCAAGAGAAGCUGACAGAAGGGCCAAAACAAUGGAGGCAGACAUAAUACACCUGCAGGAGGAGCUGGCUGCAGCUGAAAGAGCUCGUAAGCAGGCUGAGACUGAGAGAGAUGAGCUGGCUGAGGAGCUGUCCAACAACUCUGGCAAGUCAUUAUCAUCUGAGGAGAAGCGCCGCCUGGAGGCCAGAAUCACUCAUCUGGAGGAAGAGCUGGAGGAGGAACAGGGUAACAUAGAGUCCCUCAACGAGCGGCUCAGGAGAAGCAUUCAGCAGGUGGAUCAGCUGAACGGGGAGCUGCAGGCAGAGCGUGCUGCUGCCCAGAGGAGCGAAAGCACCCGACAGCAGCUGGAGAGACAGAACAAGGAGCUGAAGACCAAGCUGCAGGAAGCAGAGGGACAGGCCAAGUCCAAGCUGAAGACCUCCAUCACCUCACUGGAGGCCAAACUGCACCAGAUGGAGGAGCAACUAGAGCAGGAGAGCAGGGAGAGACAGGCUGCUGUUAAAAACCUGCGUCAGAAGGAUAAGAAGCUGAAGGAUCUGACCAUUCAGAUGGAGGACGAGAGAAAGCAGGCAGAGCAGUUUAAAGAUCAGGCGGAGAAGGCGAAUGCCCGCAUGAAGCAGCUGAAGCGUCAGGCGGAGGAGAGUGAGGAGGAGUCUCAGAGAGCCGCGGCCGCACGCAGGAAGCUGCAGAGAGAACUGGACGAGGCCUCGGAGGCCAACGACGCCCUGAGCCGAGAGGUGUCCUCUCUCAAGAGCAAACUCAGGCGUGGAAACGACUCGUCCUUUAGCCCCUCCCCCCGGCGGCCUGUGGUUGGAGCACGCAGGAGCAUGAUCUUGAAUUCUGUGAUUCCGGAGGAGGGUGAAGCUUUGUGUGCAGCACCUGAACCUGAAGAACCUGCAGAACCAAUCAAUAGUACUCAGAAUGACCUGCAAUGACCUGCAGUGACCACAUCCUGUACCUUCACAAACCAGGAUUAGAAACAAUGAACAGUUAUUAAAAACAAAAACCUAUUCUAUAAAACCUCAAACACAAGUAACUUAACCAGUCAAUAUGGGCUAAAACAAAACAGAAAUAACAAAUUCAACAACGCUCCUGACUAACAAUUUCAUUUUAAAUGUGGGUAAUUAAAUAAAUGCUGAUGAUAUAACCUACAUAAUUCAUGAACAUAAUUCAACAUAGACCAUAAUUACGGUACAUUUGAUUUAGAUUUAAAUUAACUCCAGGUAUCCACAAUUAUGAGUAAAAUAAAAGUAAGACUUUUAAAUACUUUUUUAAGGAUUAAGUGCCAAACAGCCCUUAUUGAGGUCUCUGCUUGCUAAAAGUAGGUAAUGAAUUUACCAAAUUAAAGUGCCUCUCUAUAAAUAAAUAAUGCAGAUUGUUCUGUUUAGUUCAGUCCGCCAUUAAUCAGUAAAAUAUGUCAAUCUAAAACAAAUGAGCAUGAUUGAAAUUUAACGCACAAAAAUAAAAACAAAUUUUAUUUAUUUUUUUAAAGACCUUUGAGAGAUGGAUUUAUGACAUGAUAGCAUUUUGAAGUUAUUUAAGGAUCUGCAGAUGCUCUGUCAUCUGAUAACAUUAUAUUGUUUUAAAUAAAGUUAAAUUGAAUAAGUCACUUUUUAAUUUAAAUAUAAUUUUUGCUAGAUUUUAACAGUAAAUCAGAAUAUCAGAAUUAACCAAUCUUUUAUUAUCAGGGAGCAGAAUGUACCGUUUUUAAUCAAAAUGAGACUGUAUUUAAUAGAUCAUUCUAUUAAACAGUAAAUAAUAAUGUUAUUAUACAAAAAUAAACUGAUUUUAUUUCAAGUAAACUUGGUUACACAGAUUUAUUUCACAUUUUCUUUACUGUUCUGUUUCUAAUCCCAUCUCACCCUCAUCCAAACCCACUGGUAUCUGUCUGCAGGGAAAUGUUUGGGAUCUGCUCAGCAGCUGCAGCUUUGUUCUUAAUUCUAACACAAUACUGAAUUUUAGUCUAAAUAAUAAUCUCUUUAUUUUAAGUGUGAUAUGCUUGUGUGCUAUUCCUACAGUAGACUGUCACUUUACUCUAAAUGCGCGUUAUCAUUAAAUGGUAGGAGUAUCAGUUUAUUUUAAAAUGCAGUUUAAUUUGGGUUCAAUAGUUUGAAAUAAUGUGUUCAUUUAUUGGCAGUAGUUAUUAUAAUAAAAAUGUUACACAAUUUAUUAUGUCAACUGUUCACACCUGCUAUUAUAUUAAAAUGGUGAAUCUUCACAAGAAAAAGUCUGUUCUGAUUUUUUUCUUUUCUUAGUACAUUCCAACCAAAAGUUCUGAAAACUGUUGGCGUAGAAACAGGUGGAUUUGUGCCCCCCCCCAAAAUG